CGUGUUCAUGUUACAGUUUUCCACCACCAAAUAUGCCACAGCAAGGCAGCAACCAAGUAGCAGCAUCCCAAAGUUCAAUGGAGCGAGAUCAGCCGCGCCGGGAUGAUGAGGGCAACAAGCACCCUCCUUCAACUUCAAUGGAGUACCAGCUCAAGGCGUACCUUCUGCUGCUGGCCACGCUGGUGGCGACGGUGACGUACGCGGCGGGGCUCAACCUGCCAGGGGGGGCCUGGCCGGACACGCAGGAUGGGCACCUCGCAGGCGACCCCAUCCUCCCGGACGCGCACUACCACCGCUACCUGGCCUUCUACUACUGCAACGCCACCGCCUUCGCGUCGUCGCUCGUGGCCUGCCUACUCCUCCUCGUCCUUGACGAGGAGAACACAAAUUGGGCGAUUGUCCUGCGGGCGGUCAUGGUGCUCGACCUGUUCGGCCUCAUGGGGGCCUACGCCGCGGGAAGCUGCCGGGACAAGUUCACGACCAUCUUUGCCUCACUGCUGGUCACUUCCGUCUUCGCCUACAUUAUGCUUGUCUUCCUAAGUUCCGUCUUCGCCUAUGCCUUCCGUGGUAGUGUCUGCACCCAUGUCAUGAAGUGGGGAACCGUCUUCGCCGAUGCCUUCCAGAAGGUUUUUCCCAAGAGUACACAAGGAUCGAAGAAUCCUGAGGAGCAAGGCGAAGAUGAGCACGAGGUGUUGAUGCUGCUCGCGACCUUCGUCGUCACCAUCACAUAUGUGGCCGGACUGGGCCCACCUGGUGGGUUCUGGAGCGACAGCCGGGACGGCCACCGCGUGAGCGACCCGAUCAUGCAGGACCACAACACCAGCCGGUACCAGUCAUUCUUCGUGUGGAAUACCACCUCAUUCGUCGCGUCCCUGCUCAUCAUCGUGCUGCUCAUGGACAAGAAUCUGAGCCGGACCAUCUCUGUAAGGUUUGUCGCGCUCUAUGGGUUCAUCGCGGUGGCGCUCAUCGGCCUAGUGGGGGCCUAUGCUGCAGGAAGCUGCAGGGAAGCUGAUGCUACCAUCUACGUCGUUUCUCUGGCUGGUGCGGUUCUUGCAAGCAUAUUUCUACAGGUGGCUAUUACUAGCGCCAUGAACAAGGAGGGCAGUUGGGGUGAGAAACUACUCACACCCAUACGUCGUUGUACUUCACAAUGGCUGAAGAAUGUAAGAGAGUGGUUUACUCCUACUACUCCUAGCCCUAACAGGGAUACACAACAUGCUGACAAAGUAUUGGAAAGGAAUCGCUCUCUUGUCAUGCUGCUUGCUACUCUCGUGGUGAGCAUCACUUACACAGCUGGACUGGAUCCACCGGGCAGCCUCUGGCCAGAUGACCGGGAUGGGCACAAGGGCGGCGACCCGGUACUCCUCACAACCCAUCCUACUCGGUACAAAGUGUUCUUCUAUAGCAACUCAGCCGCCUUCGUGACAUCCUUAGUGGUCAUCAUAAUGGUUCAGAGUAGAUUCCUGCUAAAGCGCCAUACAUUGCACGCAGCAAUGAUACUGGAUUUGUUUGGCCUCAUAACUGCAUACGCCGCGGGGAGCGGUAGGGAUUUAAGCACCUCCAUCUAUGCUAUCGCCCUCGCGGGUGUUGUCCUUGUGUAUGUGGUGAUCCAUAUAGUGUUUUUCACAUUAGAAGACCAGCAGGUGGACAGCCCCCAGGAUCUCGAAAAGUUGGAUAAGAGGCGUGAGAUGCUGCUGCUGCUUGCCAUCUUGGCUGCAACGCUUACUUACCAAGCUGGGCUCACCCCGCCAGGUGGCUUCUGGUCAGCAGACGACAGCUUUGGUCAUCAUGCCGGGUUUCCGAUCCUCUUUGAUAACUACCCUCGCCGAUACAAUGCAUUCUUCUACUGCAAUGCGGCAAGCUUCAUGGCAUCUGUGACUCUCAUAGUUCUUCUGGUGAACCCCACCCUAUACAAGCCGGGCAUAAAGUGUUAUGCACUGUAUAUGUGCAUGGUGGUGGGCAUGUUUGGUCUCAUGGGUGCCUAUGCCGCUGGAAGCUCCCGCCAUGUGCGAACCUCCAUCUAUGUGUUCACUUUAGUUGCUGCGGUCUUUGCCUUCGUAAUCAUUCAGGUGGUCAUUUUCUGGAUACAAAGUUAUUGCAAAAAAGAGCAGCCAUCUACCUCAUCUGGUCCAGUGAACAAGGACUAUCGUGAGCGUUCUGAAGAAAAGGACCUUCGCGAGUACUUGAUGCUGCUAGGAGUCCUGGCUGCAAGUGUAACAUACCAGACUGGCCUGAAACCACCAGGUGGCCUCUGGCAAGACAACAACAAUGGGCAUACCGCAGGCAACUCGAUCCUCCAUGACAUCGACAGAGGCCGGUUCCGUGCUUUCUUCUACAGCAACUCCACUUCAUUCAUGGCUUCUGUCGUCGUCAUCAUCUUGCUGCUUCCACUGAACACCCACAAGUUGCCACUGUGGCCAAUGCAUACUGCCAUCUUGCUAGACAUGAUGGGUCUCCUUUGCGCCUAUGCGGCUGGUAGCACAAGGGAAUGGGGGACGUCCAGCCAUGUCAUCGCUCUGGUCGUUCCUGUGCUCGCCUAUAUUGCAGCCUACGCAGCGUGGUCAUUGUUCCGCAACAAGGGCCGAUGUGUGGCAACGAAGAUGCCUCAUGACCAACUAUCCCAACAAUAUGUCGCAACGGAGAUGCCGCAUGUGACAUGAUACUUUACCUAGUUUUUCAUUUUAUUUCAAUGCAAAUGAUGUGUGUGUAAUUCUACAUGUACUUUCCAAUGAUGUCUGUAAAUUAUUGUGUAAUUCU